AUGGACCAGUGCAGCCUGGGGGACAAGGGCACCCUUCCAUCUGAGAUGCACCUCCCUUCGUUUCCCGAGAGCCAGCCGCUCAAAUGCAGUGACACCCUCAACCGGGAUCUGGGGCCCGGCUCACGAGACCUGCUAUACGACGGCCUGAGCUGCUUGGACCUAGACCCCAGCCUCCCGAUGCCCGAUGCGCCCAGCGAGGUGCUGGAGGACAACUUGGAUGCCCUGUCUGUGUAUUCAGGGAAGGACAGUGACUCCAUGAAGCUGCUGCAGGAGUAUGCAGAUCCAGAAUCUCAGACUUCCUUACAAGACCUGGGGCUAGGCGUGCUCAAGGUGCCCAAAGAGGCUGACAAAGGAGGCAGGGCCACGUCUGGGAGCACAAGGAAAGGAAAGCGGCAGCACAGUUCCCCUCAGAACCCACUCCUGGACUGCAGCCUCUGUGGGAAGGUGUUCAGCAGUGCCAGUUCUCUCAGCAAGCACUACCUGACGCACAGCCAGGAAAGGAGACACGUGUGCAAAAUCUGCAGCAAGGCCUUUAAGCGUCAGGACCACCUGACGGGGCACAUGCUCACCCACCAGAAGACCAAGCCCUUUGUGUGCACUGAGCAGGGCUGCAGCAAGAGCUACUGCGACUACCGCUCCCUGCGCCGGCACUACGAGGUCCAGCACGGCCUGUGCAUCCUCAAGGAGGCCCCCCCGGAGGAGGAGGCCUGCAGGAACUCACCCCACGCGCACGAGGUGGCCAGCCAGCCCGCACCCGCAAGCCUGUGGUCCCUGGUGCCCCCGGAAACCCCAUCCCCCAGCUCCCUGUUGCCCAACCGAGACCUCCUGCGCUGUAUCAUGAACAGCAUCGUCCAGCAGAAGAUCCCUCCUUCCGGGCCAGCCCCGGGAGGGCCUUCAGACAGCGGCGAAGGGAGUAACACGGCCUGUUCCUGCCUGCCCUCGUCAGGGUCCUCCUUCUGCGGCCCAGCCAGCACCCCGGCGGCCCCAGGAGCCCUGGGCACUGAGGUUCCCGAGGAGCCCUGGCCCCCACGGAAGGAGCCUGCGACGGACGUGUUAACAGCCGUCCACUCGCGGGCAGCGGAGAACAGCGGCCCUGACCCAGCCGAACCGGAGCUGCCGCUGCUCCAGCCCCCAUCAUCCCUGGAGGGCUGGCCCGAGGGCGCUCCCCUGCCCACCUGCCUGCCUCUGUUCCGUGGCCAGACUGUCCCCACCAGUUCCCAGCCAUUAAGCCACAGUUUCCAGUGGCUCCGAAACCUGUCGGGCUGCCCUAAGAGCAAAGGAAACAGUAUGUUUGUUGUCCACAAGCCCUCUGCAGUGCCGUCCCGGGAGGGCUCCGAGCCUGGCCCCGGGCUCAGCAGCGACUCCCCUGCGGGGGAGCCCUCACCCAGCCGGGGCACCAGUCCGGAGGACACGCCGCCCUUCCCUCCCACGCUCCUGAAGGCACCGGAGGAAGCCUCGGGUGACCCCAGAUAUGCUGGCACCAGCGGGGAAGACGACUCCUCGGCUUCCAAGAAGAGCCAGUUUGACUGCAACUCCUUCUCGUGGCAGAACCCUGGUGAGUCUGGCCCCCAGGACGGCCUGAAGCCCAGCGGCCUCCCGUCGAAUGCCACGCCGCUCUUGCGGCAGCUGUUCCUGAAGUCUCAGGAGUCUCUGGUGAGCCACGAGCAGAUGCAGGUGUUCCAGAUGAUCACCAAGUCCCAGCGGAUCUUCUCCCACACCCAGGUGACCGCCGCCUCCUCCAAGCUUCCCACGCCCGACGGCAAGCAAGUUGCCCUGAGGUCACUGCAGGGGCUGUGGCCACAGCAGCCGCCGCCUAUGGCGCCCACUGUUGACUCUCUCCAUGCUGGCCCCGUGAACCCUGAGCCAGAGGGAUCCCUAGCCUGCAGGAGAAAAUCCACACCCGCUUUCCCCACAGAGGCCUCCCCCAGCAGCGUGAGCCAGGAUACAAAGGGAAGACCAAAAGUGGCUGCCGCUCCACCUGCCCUCACAGCGUCAUCCCUGGACCCACCUGGGAACCCAGACAUCUCCUCUCUGGCCAAGCAGUUGAGAUCCUCGAAAGGGACCUUGGACCUGGGGGACAUCUUCUCCCCCGGGGGCCUGCGUCAGACCCAGUUAGGAGGGGAGGAGCCAUCCAGAGCCCGCCUCCCAGGGAAGCAGGCCCAGGCUGAGAGUGGCAUGGCUUCCGGGGCCACGAAAGGUGAAAAGGGCCCAGCCUGCUCCCGGGGCGGAGGCUACAGGCUCUCCUCUGGCAACUCCAGGGCCCAGCGCUUUUCAGGCUUCCGGAAGGAGAAGGUGAAAAUGGAUAUGCGCUGUGCGGCUUCUCCAAGCCAGGUAGCCAUGGCUUCCUUCUCGUCAUCGGCCGGGCCUCCAGCGGAUCGCCCCUGGGACUCCAAGUCCAAGCUGACGAUAUUCAACAGGAGCCAGGGUGGAAAUAUCUACCGGCUCCCCGACCCGAUGAAGGAGGAGAACAUGGCAGGUGGCUGUAACCAGCACAAUGGCGGUCCCACAGACUGGGCAGAGCCAAGGAGCACUUAUGUCUGCAAGAAUUGCAGCCAGAUGUUUUAUACAGAGAAAGGGCUGAGCAGCCACAUGUGUUUUCACAGCGACCAGUGGCCGUCACCUCGAGGGAAGCAGGAGCCGCAGGUGUGUGGCAUGGAGUUUUGCAAGCCACCAAGACAGGUGCUGAGGCCGGAGGGCGACAGGCAGAGUCCCCCGGGAGCCAGGAAGUCCUUGGACAACAUGACCGCAGCCCCUUUGGUGGUCCCUGUGCCGGUGCCUGUGGCUCCAGCGAACCAUCCCCCGGGGAGCAAGGUGGGUGGACAGGAGAAGGACGGGGAAGAGAGAGACAGCAAGGAGAGCAGGCAACACAGGAAGCGGAAGAAGCUCCCCCGGCCCAAGGCACUGCUCAUCCCUCCUCCGCCCUCCAUGUCUGGGGAGCCGGGCCCGGGAGGAUGCCGCCAGAGCUGCCUGCGCUCGCCCGUGUUCCUGGUGGACUGCCUCCUGAAGGGACUGUCCCAGUGCCCUCCCUACACGCCGCCCCCAAUGCUCAGCCCCAUCCGGGAGGGCUCUGGGCUGUAUUUCAACACUCUCUGUUCCACAUCUGCUCAGGCCCGUCCCGACAGGCUCAUCAGCGCCAUGCUUGAUCACGUGGACGGCUCUUUUGGCAUCUGUGUGGUGAAGGACAACACCAAGAUCAGCACUGAACCACACAUCAACAUAGGAAGCCGGUUUCAGGCUGAGAUCCCAGAGCUCCAGGACAGAUCACUGGCUGGAAGUGACGAGCAUGCAGCUUCUCUGGUCUGGAAGCCAUGGGGAGAUGUGAUGACCAACCCGGAAACACAGGAUAGAGUGACCGAGCUCUGCAACGUGGCCUGCUCCAGCGUGAUGCCGGGCGGGGGCACCAACCUGGAGCUCGCUCUGCACUGCCUGCAUGAAGCCCAGGGCAACAUCCAGGUUGCCCUGGAGACCCUCUUACUGAAAGGACCCCAGAAGCCACCGACUCACCCUCUCGCCAACUAUCACUACACAGGUUCGGACAUCUGGACCUCCACAGAGAAGAGGCUCUUUAAGAAGGCGUUCUGUGCCCACAAGAAGGACUUCUACUUGAUACACAAGACGGUCCAGACAAAAACUGUAGCCCAGUGCGUUGAGUAUUACUACAUCUGGAAAAAAACGAUGAAGUCUGACUGCGGCCGAGCCCCAGUGCCGGAAAAGAGGGCCAAGAGAGAGCCGGAUGAAGCAGACAGGACCAAAGCGAAGGUCACUCGUAGCCCUCGGGAUAGACCCAGCCACCGUCCAAUCCCCGAAUUAAAAAGAAAGACUGACAGGAGGGAGUCCACCCUCAACUCCAGCCCAAAUGCCAGCUCGAAGCGGACCCCUGAGCUGCCGGGGAGCAGGGAGGGCCAAGGCUUCUUUCCCUGCCGGGAGUGUGAGAGGGUGUUUGACAAGAUCAAGAGUCGAAAUGCCCACAUGAAGCGGCACCGGCUUCAGGACCACGUGGAGCCCAUCGUCAGGGCAAGGUGGCCCGUGGAGCCCUUCCAGCUGGAGGAGGAGGAGGAGGGCGAGCUAGGAGCUGGCAUCAGCCCUCUGCAGCGGUGAAAUCUGCACGGGCAGCCAGUUGGGACGGGCACCUCCAGCCCUGUCACGUCUCCUUUAGCCACUCCAAGGCACCCCUCUGCCUCCCUGGCCCCGUCACUGUCCCCACCGGGCAGCCCAGCUUG